AUGGCUCUGACGCACUCGCCAAGUAUUUUCGCCGCGCCGGUUGUACUUCCGAUGGCGGCUGAGAGGCUCACCGUCCAUCCUGUCUCCCCCUCUCUUUCCCUAUUAUCUACUGAGCGAUCCUGCAGCAUCUCCGACCACACAGUGCCUUCAUCUGUUGCUGACGGCCGCUGUGGGAAAGACCUCUCCCAGCAGCUAGAGGAUGUGAGGUCCUGUUCCCGGCGGUCGAAAUGCAAGCCUGAGAUUUCAACGGGCAACGGACAGCCCAGUUUACUUCCGCCAGCCGGCUGUCACACAGUGUCGCGAACACGUUUGCGCUGGCGGGCGACCACCACAAGGAGCCACCCAGCACCGUAUGCAGGCAGGAGCGCGCUGAGCUAUGGCCGCAUCAAACUGCCACAUAAAAAUAUGCGGCAAGCCUUGGACGGUUCAUCUUCAGAGAGAGGUGCUUGCAAAACCACCUCUAUUCUGCGGCGGACGAGGACAUCCGCACCACGUAAUUCCGCUUCUUUUCCCCGCUUGCAUCUCGGAAUACAAAGGAGCAAACAUCCCAGUAACAUACAGAGUUCUGCAGAAGGCUCGCUGACAGAGACGCUUUGUGGUACCGACCUUAGACUAGAACGAACACGCACCGCCCUCCGGCAUUGGGCUGACGGUGACAUAUUCCCCAAUCUGCCUGUCGCCUCUUCGCACUCAACUGCCACGCCGAUCCACGGGGCCGAACAGGUUCAUCCUGUCAUACCCCAGUCAACAUCCUUCCAGCAGCAACUGAAGCGAUUCUGCAGAAAGGUCAGCGGGCGUCUUGGAGGAGGGCUUUUGCACAGACAUCUACGCACCAGCACUGUAGCUGAAACUCAAGAGACGGACGAUACGUCUCUUCGAGGGUCAGUCGAACGCUGCAGACCCUCGAAGCUCAGCUGUGGAAUAAAAAUUAGCUCGUCCUCGGAUCGAUCUGCGAUGUUCAAGUUUGACUUCCCCAGGCGUAGAAAGCGGGCACAUACACAUGCGCGCAAGCGCGCCAUAGAGUCACAGCGUGAGCAGCGUGCUGAGGCGAGCCAAGACGCGAGUGAGAAGCGUCAGGAUACAAACGACGAGGACGAAGCCGCAGAAAAGCUCCGUGACGACAAACCCAUGACUUUCAGUUCCUGUUACCGGGCAUCCAUUCACGACAAUUGGACACGGUCGACACGAAGCGGCCGCGAUCCCUCUGCCUGCGACAGCCGCGCCGACACGCCUUUAGAUGGGAAACUGUCUGGCGGCUUCAGCUUUCGCGAGGCAACAUUCGACAGACCGCUGGCGAACGCAAGCGGCACCCCAGCCGUUUCUGGCUCAGGACCGGAAGGCCGUGCAGGGAGGAGUCGCUGCAGAAUGCUGUCGAGAGCUGCUCAACGCCGUUGUCGAAAUUCGCCGAGCAGCGACUUCGUAGAUAUCGCCGUAGACUUGCCUACGCUGCCGCCCUCGGAAGACGACAACAAGGCGUCAUCCGACCGAGAUACGCUGCACCGAAGACCCGCGAUGGACGACGAACUCGAACAGUCGCCGGAAUGCUCGACGAAGACCGGCACUUACUCGAGCGAGGGCGGAAUAAGUUCUCUCCUCCGUCGAAGCACUGGCGUGACGCCUGACGAUCGCAAGCAGGACGGCGUCGACAGUUGGCGCCACAGCAGUGGAGUAGGAAUGAUUUUCCAGAGCGAGCCCUCUGGCGUUGGCAGUCCGCUGACACAAGGACUCGUCGCUGGCAUGAGCUAUCCGAAGCGCUGUCAGCUGCUAGCGAAUGCGCUGAGAAGUCCUGACGCGCCUAUGAACACGCCCCGCUCCCCCACAAAGAGAGAAUGCUGGAUGAGCGCCCCUGUGGCACUAGAUCGGGGUGGUCAGCUGAACUUCGCUUCAGCUGCGGAGCAGCUUUUUCUGAUGGAGAGUCCUGCGGGUCGGUGGAAGACGUCUGGGCGUGGAGGCGACUCUUUCGAGGCCUUUAACGUGUCAGGCGUGGUGGACCGAGUCGUCGGGCGGGCGGCAGCCGACGAUGCGCACAGGCAUUCAUGGUCGAAGAGGAAAGGCGUUUCCCCUCUUUUCGAUACCAGUGGUACCUUUCCUAUACUAAGCAGAGUGGAUACAGCUACAACCACAGUGGCGUCCACCCCGCUGCAACGACAGUCAACUAUCUCAUCGUGCUGCACACUUCAGUCUCUCCGGUCGCUCGGUUCGACAACCACCAUCGUUCGGGAUACUUCAGCCUACGACACCAGUUUCGACUUACCCCGCACAGACUCAGCCUCCCUGAAAACCCCUGUAACAUCGCCAGGCUGUGCUCCUGAAAGCGCCUCAAUGACCAACCAGCCUGUUGUUUCCGAAGAGUCGACGAGCCCCGUGGCUGCGGCGGCAUACGAAACAGCUGCUUCGCAAGAACUCUGCCAUCUCAGUGCCUCGCCGGCGUCUGAAGAUGCUUUUUUGUACCCUGCCGACGAGCGAUCUUCGUCCCCCGAUGAAGCCGCCCAGAUACCGCCUGAGGCGGAGUCAUCCGGCGACUCUGUAGCGGCUAGAAGCGUUCUCGAGCCCUUACGAGAAGUCAGUGCCCGGGGCGCGGCGACCGGCUUGGAUACCGGUAUGCGUCUGCACCACGUGGAUGGAGUCCUGCGCGUUGGACGCCUGCAGGACGCAUCACGGAUCGAGGAUGGCGGGGCUCUGUGUAUUGUUUCCUCUUUUAAGGGGACGCGCACGCAGGAAAGCGGAAAAAACCGAGGAACCGACGCAGAGCAGAUCCAGCGCUGCAUGCGCGGGAGCUGCGGGUGCGAAGACCCGAGCGUGGAUGCGGUGCGGCGUCUGCUUGGAUCCCUUCGACUGACCAUCAGAGACUUCGAGCUGCUGGAGACAGUGGGAACGGGUACGCUGGGAAGAGUCUAUUUAGCUCGCCCGAAGCCUCCGAGAAGGAAGCGGUUGCCGUGGAUCUCUCACAGCAGCGCGGAAUGCAACUGGGUUAACACCGCGUCAUUCGCAGACGACGUUUCAAGCCCGUCCGCUGCAGGGCAGGCCGUUUUCGCCUCGGCAGCUAGCACUUGUGGUAGCGGAGACAAGGGCGGGAAGGCGGAGGCCUCGGCGGCUGGGUUCGCCCAGAAGUUCGACUUGCUGAGGAGCUUUCCCAUGGCGCUGAAGGUCAUGAAGAAGCGGCAGGUUCUCGAGCUUGGCCAGGAGAAGCACGUGAUUGCAGAGCGGAGUAUCCUCCAGCAGCUGCGACACCGCUUCAUCGUCAGCAUGAUUUGUUCGUUCCAGGACCGACGCCACAUCUACCUGUUGAUGGAGUUCGUGAACGGCGGCGAGCUGUUUUCACUCUUGCGGAGCGAAGGAAUGCUAGACGAGCGCGACGCGCGCUUCUACAUUGCGGAGAUACUUCUCGCACUCGAGUACCUCCAUGAAAGAACGAUCGUGUAUCGAGACCUAAAACCAGAAAACAUCCUUCUUGAUCACCGGGGCCACGUGAAACUCGUCGACUUUGGCUUUGCCCGGUCGCUCAAUGCGUCGCCGUCCUCAGCGGCCCUUCCUCGAGCUGCAGACUCCUCCCGCGUGCGCGAGGUCAGUCCAGGCUCUCGAAACCGGCACCCCGACCCCUCGGCUAACCCGUGCGUGGUGGCGGAUAUUCUCGCCCAGCGGCGUGGCUCCACAGCGAGGCGCAGCGGACAGGACGCCGCGUCGCGAGACUCGUUCGCAGAAGAAGCCCCUGACGCGGUCCCCCCGAGAGGCGGUCGGGCGGCCCCACCGAGUUCAUGUGGAGGCGCCUGGGACGCGGCAGCUUCAAGCGCAUUUUCGCCGCUCCUGGGCACGCCGCCCCCACGCGAACGUGGCCUCACGGCAGCGGGAUCGGAUGCCAUCUAUCCCGUGGCGGAGUCCCUCGAUUUUACGUCCAUCGAAAUGAACGUGAGUACGGUACCGGUGCAGAGACAAGGGGUUGCGCUGCUGGGUCAGGGCCCAUUCGCGCCGGCGCGCAGCUGCGCGUGGCCGUCGCCGAGAGGGCCUGCGCCUGCUUCUUCCUCGUCACCGUCCUGCGGAGACGCCAGCGCGGAAAAGGAUCAAACGUACACUGUGCUGCACCGCUUGUUGCCCCGGAGCCAGACGGGCGGCGGCGCAGUGACCUGCGGGGCUUCUCUAGCUUUCGUAGACAGAGCCAGGAGUGCGAAUGGAGAGCACAGUGGGUGCGGACUCCUGCUUCCUCCUUCCCGGGCUGUGGCGCUGCCCUUUGGCGCACGCGCCCCUUCUGACAGCGACACAAAUCCGUCAUCGACUCCGACGGGGGCGAGCCACUCAGCGCUGCAGAGCCGUUGGCCUCCGCAGGAGAGUCUGUCAGCCUCCUCGACCACGCGGCCGGAAGGACUUGUUGUUCCCUCCCUGCCUGGCGCUCUCGCGGCAGUCGCGUCCACCCACGGGGGGCCCUCCCCUUCCUCCGUCGUCAUGUGCGACCGCUGGACGCCGCGAUGCGCCAUGUGGGCGCGCGACCUCCCUCAGUCUCCCGCGCCGCAUCUGCGCGAGCCUCCGCGCUCGAGGCAGGCGUUUGCCAACACGGCCAGAGCUGGGCACAGGGCAGAGUCAACGGACGCGACCCCCUGCCGCACGCGCCUCCGGUUCUCGGGUGUUGGUCAACUCCUACCGCCUUGCGGCUGCGGGACAGCCCCACUCGGCGCUUCUUUUCUCGGGUCACGGAGUUCGUGGGGAAGCCUCGGCGCUGGCAUCGACCUGGCGAAUGACGAAGGAUUUCCGAGUCUGGUCAAGCGCGGAACGAGCCCGGAGUCGUCUGCUCCGCCGGCGCCCACUGCAGGGUCUCCUGGCCCGUGGGCCUCCGGGCAUUUUCGCGUGCGCGUCGCGGCGCAGGGGCCGUGCCCAGUCGAGGGCGAGACGCGCGGCUCGGCCGGCAGUCCCCCGACGUCGUUUUCGUGCAGCGAGGAUGGCGAUCUCGACCGUCCUCUGCGGCGAAGCGCCUCGCUCUGUCGGCUGCGCAGGCGAGCAGCCGCAGAGGACGGGGCCUGCUACCUGCCUCGCUGGCACUCGCCGCGUGGGAGCGAGAGGCGGUGGGGCUCCUGCGGACUCUCCGGGAGCGAACAUCUGGUGGACGGCGAAGGCCCGCCGACGCGCGCCACCAGCUGGAGUUCCAUCCAACUCGAUCCGCCGCCCGGCAGCCUGCCGGAGGACUCUCAGGCCGGGGGGCGACUCUCCAGCUGUCCCGCGGCUUCUUUUCUUGAGCAGUGGGCAGCGUCUGACCCGCACGUGCGACUGCCCAAGCGGACGUCCGCACCCCUGCAAGCGUCGGGGUCUGGUGCACCAGCGGCGUCCUACAGAGACGCUCUGUCGUGUUCGGGAAGGCACUGGCUCGAUACACAGGGGGUGGAGGCCCGCUGCAGCGGCUCGUCCUCCGACGCGCCAUGGAGUUCCCCGCUUCAGCCCAGGGAGCGAGAGGGGAGAGAAGAGGCACACGCCGCUGACGGGUCUCCGCGAAGGCCAGUUCAGGCUCGCGCGUUUCCUUCACCGUCCCGCCGUCUAUCUCUUUGCCCUUGGGUGUGUUCGCCGCAGUCAAAGGCAGCGGGCCUGCCCGCAGAGUUGCCUCCGUCCUCGCGCGGCGAGGGCAGCGCCUACGUUCGCUGCCGCUCGCCAUGGAGCGAUUUAGCAUGGCUCGAGUCUGGCGACUACGCAAGCACAGCUGCGCCCUCGUCGGCGUGUGCGUCGACGCAGAUCAGCGCUCUCUCGGGGCCGUCUUGCCCGGACGGGUCUCAGCCGUUCGCCGCACAAGUCAGCAUCGCGUCGCAGGCUGACGUCGCGUCGCCGGAGGCCUCGUUCUCCGAGGACGCGCUCUCGCACAGCACUGGGCGCGCGGCCCCUCCAGCUGACAAGCUCCCUGCUGCGAGCUCCUGCGGUGACCUGACAACGGCGGCGCCUUGGGCUUUCCCUCUGCGCUCGCCGACGUCCGGGGCCUUCCGUCCGCGCACGGCUGCGAGCCUCGCGUCGCCUUCCUCGUCCAGCAGCGCAGAGCUCUCCAGCUGCGGCGACUCGAAGGCGGUCUCGGCUGCCGGUUCGCCGCCCCUGGGGCUCACGCCGGGGACCCGCCUCGGGAGCACCCCAGGCCUGCCUGACGGCUGCUCGCCGAGCCCUGGCCGCGCGGAGACUGGCGAGUGUGCGGCGCGUCUCCCCUCCAGCCAGUCGGCGUCGCCCCGACCAGGGCACAGCCAUGUGUGCAAAGCCGCGCAGGCAGCGCAGCAGGGUGCGGCAGCUGCCCCCCGCCGCCCCGCCGCAGAGACGGCGUCCGAGGAGGAACCGAAAACUGCGCCUUGCGCGGCAGCCGUCGGCCGAGGCAGCGCAGCGCCGUGUCGCCGUGCGCGCGAGGACUCCAGGCUGGCAAGGCACGCCUGCGGGCUGCAAGCUGCCGACGGCCUCAAAGGAGACCCUGGCUCUCUCGCCUGCAACGCCUGCGCCGUCCGCCGCCGCGUCGACGAGGUGCAGAGCGCGGGCACGGCCUCGCGCCAGGCCAAGGAGACAAAGCCGACCACCGGCGCCACAGCGGCGGGCGAAGGACCCUGUGGCGGCGAGAUCGCAUGCGGCGGCGUUUCGAUGCGUCGGCGAGUGGCGGCCGCGAAGGAGGCGCCCGGGGCUCGAGAGAACGGCGACUGGGAGGGUGUUUCGAGUUGCGAAACGUCGCACGUGGAGCUUUUGGAAGCACGCGCUUUAACUGACGGCGCCGCAGCGCCUUGCAGCCCCUUCAGAAGCUUGGCUUGCUCGCCGCGACGGCUUGUCUCCGAGGCCGGGGCCUUUGGAGACAGCUGGGCGCAGCCGCGGAGGAGUCCGCCGCAGCCGACAGAGCGGGUGGAGCGCCUGAGGGUGUUUACGCUCUGCGGCACGCCCGAGUAUCUUCCCCCAGAGGUGCUGCUAGUGACCGGUCAUGACUGCAAGGCAGACUGCUGGGCACUGGGCGUCCUGAUCUACGAGAUGCUUGUCGGCCAGACGCCUUUCUACAACGAGAAUCCUCAGGAAAUGUACGAAGACAUCAUUCGCGCCCCAGUGCCGUUCAGCCCCCGACUUAGUCCCGUCUCCAUGGAUCUCGUGGCGUGUCUUCUGCGCAAAACGGCGAGCAAGCGCCCGAGUCUGCGGGCUCUGAGGCACCACAGUUUUUUCACGUCCGCAGACUUUGACUGGGCGGCAGCCGCCGAAGGCCGCCUCGCGCCGCCUUUUGUGCCACCAGUCCGCACACGCACAGACACGCACAUGUUUGACGAGUACCCCGAGUCCAUCGGCUCAGAAGGUCCAUCGCCGACGGCAGACGAAGAUCACUGGUUUCAAGAUUUCUGA